AUGGAUCUCGGCGCAGCGCGUGGGCCGCACGCUGAUGCCAUGGCGCAGGUGAUGAGCGAGGCUGCAUGGCAUGGAAAGGGACUCGCCGAUCCCGUGAAAGCCAUUGAAGACAAGUGGCUUCUUCUGCCGGCAUACUUGCAAGUCAAAGGCCUGGUGAAGCAACACAUUGAUUCGUACAACUACUUUGUCGACGUGGACUUGAAAAACAUUAUCCGGGCCAACGAGCGCGUGACGUCGGAUAUUGAUCCCAAGUUCUAUCUGAAAUACACGGACAUCCACGUCGGACAUCCGGAACGGGCGGAUCCUGAUGCGAUUGACCGCAGCAUUACGCCGCAUGAGUGUCGCUUGCGUGAUAUCACAUACAGUGCGUUUAUUUACGUGGACAUUGAGUAUACGCGAGGCGGUAAGAUUGUGCGACGUAAGAAUGUGCCGAUUGGGCGCCUGCCAGUCAUGCUGCGUAGCAACAAGUGCUGGCUCGCUGGCCAGGACGAUGCGGCGUUGGCACGUAUGAAUGAGUGCCCGCUGGACCCUGGUGGCUACUUUGUCGUGAAGGGCACGGAAAAAGUGAUUCUUGUACAGGAGCAGCUGUCGAAGAACCGUAUUAUUGUCGAGGCAGACAGCCGCAAAGGCCUCGUCCAGGCGUCGGUCACCUCGUCGACGCAUGAGCGCAAAUCCAAGUCGUACGUGCUCACGAAGCAUGGCUUGAUUUAUGUCAAGCACAAUUCGCUGCAUGAAGAUAUUCCCAUUGUGAUUGUGUUCCGUGCGUUGGGCUUGCAGUCCGACAAGGAAAUCCUUCAGUUGGUCGCUGGGCACGACGAGCAGUACGCCGAGCUGUUUGCCGUGAACUUGGAAAAGGCCGCGAAGCUGGGCAUUUUUACACGUCGGCAGGCGCUUGACUACAUCGGCGCGCGUGUGAAGAUCUUGCGGCGUGGGGCAGGUCUACGACGAUCCGCGAGCGACGAGGCGCUGGACGUGCUGGCCUCGGUGAUUAUGGCGCAUGUGCCUGUAGAGCAUGGCGACUUCCGCAACAAGGCCAUGUACAUUGCCGCGAUGGUUCGUCGUGUGCUGGUGUGCAUGAUUGACGAGUCGAAAGUGGACGAUCGCGACUAUGUCGGUAACAAGCGCUUGGAGUUGGCUGGGCAGUUGCUCGCGCUGCUCUUUGAAGACUUGUUCAAGAAGUUCAAUCAUGACUUGAAGACGAACAUUGACAAGGUGCUGAAGAAACCCAAUCGCACAGCGGAGUUCGAUGCGUACAACCAGUUCUUUUACCAUGGUGACUACAUUACUGCCGGGUUCGUGCGUGCGAUAUCGACGGGCAACUGGAGCUUGAAGCGAUUCAAGAUGGAGCGUGCUGGUGUGACGCACGUGCUGAGUCGUUUGAGCUACAUUAGUGCGCUGGGUAUGAUGACGCGUAUCAGCAGUCAGUUUGAGAAGACACGCAAAGUGUCAGGCCCUCGUGCGCUGCAGCCGUCGCAGUGGGGUAUGCUAUGCCCUUCUGAUACGCCUGAAGGCGAGGCGUGUGGUCUGGUCAAGAACUUGGCGCUCAUGACGCACAUUACCACCGAUGUAAACGAGGCGCCGAUUGUACGUUUGUGCUACAUGCUCGGCUUGGAAGAUAUCAACUUGCUUACGGGCGCUGAACUCUACGAGCCGUCGACGUACAUUGUGUACCUCAACGGCAAUGUCUUGGGCGUGACGCAUACGCCGCACAAGUUUGUCGUGCAGUUCCGCCGCCUUCGUCGAGCGGGCCACAUGUCCGAGUUUGUCGGCAUCUAUACCAAUGCCCACCACCAGACGGUUCACAUUGCGUCCGACGGAGGUCGUAUUUGCCGCCCGAUGAUCAUUGUCGAGCAGGGCCGUCCGCAAGUCACGUCGCAGCACAUCCAGCAACUGCAGGCGGGCGACAUGACCUUUGACGACUUUUUGCGGCAGGGCUUGGUCGAGUACUUGGACGUGAACGAAGAAAGCGACUCGAACAUUGCGCUGUUUGAGCACAGCAUCAAGGCCAAUACGACGCACCUGGAAAUUGAGUGUUUCACGAUCCUCGGCGCUGUCGCUGGUCUGAUUCCGUACCCCCACCACAACCAGUCGCCACGCAAUACGUACCAAUGUGCUAUGGGCAAGCAAGCUAUUGGUGCUAUUGGGUACAACCAGCUGAACCGCAUAGAUACAUUGCUCUACCUUAUGGUGUACCCGCAGCAGCCCAUGGUCAAAACACGUGCGAUUGAGUUGAUUGGGUACGACAAAUUGCCGGCAGGGCAGAAUGCUAUGGUCGCUGUGAUGAGUUACUCAGGCUACGAUAUCGAGGAUGCCCUUGUGCUCAACAGUGCGUCGCUGGAUCGCGGGUUCGGACGAUGCCAGGUCAUGCGGAAGCAGUCGACGGUGCUGCGCAAGUAUGCGAAUGGCACGUUUGAUCGCUUGGCCGACGCGCCGCUGGACGAACAUGGCACGCCGCUCCGUCGCUUUGAAGCCCUGGAAGCGGACGGCAUUGCCGGCGCGGGGGAGCGACUGGAGCCGGGCGACGUCUUUGUCAACAAGCAGGUGCCGGCCAAUGCGAACGACAACAGUGCUGGCACAGUGAUGAGCUCCACAGUGUCGUACAAGAGUGUGCCGCUGUCGUACAAGGCCCCUGUCGAAGGCUACGUCGACCAGGUGCUUAUUAGUGAUACCGAUUCGGACCAGACGCUGGUCAAGGCCCUGAUUCGGCAGACGCGUCGGCCCGAGCUGGGCGACAAGUUCUCCUCGCGCCACGGUCAAAAGGGUGUGUGUGGUUUGAUUGUGCCGCAGGCCGAUAUGCCUUUCACCGACGACGGUAUUUGCCCUGACAUUAUCAUGAAUCCUCACGGUUUCCCCUCGCGUAUGACGGUAGGCAAGAUGAUUGAGUUGCUUGCCGGCAAAGCCGGUGUGAUUAGCGGCGCGUUGCAGUACGGUACAGCGUUCGGCGGCUCGAAAGUGGAAGAUAUGGCGCGCAUUCUCGUGGAGAAUGGAUACAACUACGGCGGCAAAGAGUACAUGACAAGCGGCAUGACAGGCGAGCCGCUCGAGGCGUACGUGUACUUUGGGCCCAUUUACUACCAAAAACUCAAGCACAUGGUCAUGGACAAAAUGCAUGCGCGUGCACGCGGCCCACGCGCCGUGCUUACGCGCCAGCCCACCGAAGGUCGUAGUCGCGAUGGUGGUCUGCGUCUCGGUGAGAUGGAGCGUGAUUGCUUGAUUGGCUAUGGUGCUACGCAACUGCUGCUGGAGCGCUUGAUGGUCAGCUCCGAUGCGUUUGUCGUGAAUGCCUGUGAAAAGUGUGGCUUGCUAGGCUACAAUGGCUACUGUGGCUACUGCAAGAGCUCGAAACAUGUGGUCAAACUCACAGUGCCCUAUGCGACCAAGCUCCUGUUCCAGGAACUGAUGGCCAUGCAGGUCGUCCCACGCCUCGUACUGGAAGACGCCGUGUAG